AUCGGCGGAUGUCGGACGUGAAGAUAUCACGAGUUUUCUAUUCUCGUUGCCGCGAAUUUGUGGAAACUGUUUUCAUUGGUGUCAUUUGCAUACGUGAAGUGAAACUUGAUUUGUUACCCGAGUGAUGUGAAUAGAACUGUUUACCAUAACUUAGUAACUCAAGAUUCUGUGAAUGUUUAAUUCAUAGUGCUUAUUCGAUUCGGAUUUAAUGUGUAUGGUGUGAUGCGCGGGCGCAUGUGAAAAGAUGGCGCGCGGGAGCGUGCUCCUCCUGCUAUGGGUGGUCGCCGUCUUAGCGGAUAAACAUGACGAACAAAGCUCCACUGAGCCUGAGCAUACAACAAGUGCUCAAACACCGCCGAUUCCAUUGCGACCGGAGUAUACACACCCAGCUGGCGUUGAAGCAUUAGAUCCAUAUAACUCAGAAAAGAAUAAUCCUGUACCUCACCAUCGCGAUUACUUGGAAGAAGAUUAUGAUCACGAAACUCGAAAGGAAGAUGAACAUGAGAACAGGGAGGAUGCAGACGAACUACCCUCUUUAUCUGGAGAUCACCUUCUUCACAGUUCAACAGAUGAUCUUCCUAUGUUUCUAUUGGAACCUCAAAACGCGUAUGUGGUCCGUAAUAAGCCGGCUAUGUUGAGGUGUAGAGCGGCAAAUGCUCUUCAAGUGUAUUUUAAGUGUAAUGAGGUGCGGUCAGUUGGGAGCACGCAAUUUGAAUUUGUGGACCCACAGAAUGGUAUUCGAAUCGUAGAAGCCGAAUGCAACGUGACAAGAGAUCAUUUAGAAGAAUAUUUUGGUGAGGACAGAUUUUCAUGCACGUGCCAUGCUUGGAGUAGCCGCGGUGACAUAAAAAGUCAGCCAGCUAUAGUCGAGCUUGCUUAUCUGAAAAAACAAUUUGUGCUGUCACCGUCUCCAACAUCUGUGGAGGCUGGGUCUGCAGCGUCACUGCGCUGUUCACCUCCGGCUGGGGCUCCGACUCCAAGGAUCUCGUGGCUAAAGCACGGUAUGCCGCUACAGCCUGACCACAACGUACUGAUAUCUGCCGAAGGAAACCUACUAAUAACGAGGGCUACACAACAAGAUAUGGCAAACUACAGCUGUGUUGCGGAAAACAUCGCCGGAAAAAGAGUAUCGGAAGCUGCCACAUUGACCGUUUAUGUUAAUGGCGGUUGGAGUUCAUGGGGCCCGUGGACACAAUGUCGCUGUAACGGUCACAUAGCUGGCCAGCGACGCACGAGAUCUUGUACGGAACCCCAUCCCCUCAAUGGCGGUGCACCCUGCCAAGGUCAAAGUGUACAAAAAACUGCCGACUGCGUUCUAUGCCAGAGCGAUGGAUUCAAUGUGGAUCUUCAAGUGUACGAUAAUACACAACAACUUCUUAUCGCAUCACCUGGUCGCUGGGGAGUUUGGACGGAAUGGUCAGUCUGUGGUUCAGACUGUAGACAAACUAGAAGAAGAUCUUGUGCUGGAGACGCUUGCUCCGGUGCUCAGGUACAACAUGCUGACUGCGUCGGCGACUACUGCGGAGUUCACGGAGUCGCGGCGCACAGUGACAUCCCUCUGUACAUUGGUAUAGCGGUGGCUGUGGUGGUAUUCCUUGCGGGAGCGGCUGUCGUCUACAAACUCUUACAGAGAAAAACUCGGGACCAUUCUCUGUACACUAUGACAAGAACUGAUUUCCAACCAGAAAUUUACCCGACAGUAGAGAAGCAAUCUCUAUCCCUAGCGCCAGACCUAAUGCAGCAUAGACCACCUCGUUAUGAACACCCUCAGCCGGAUCCAAGAACCGAACAUCAUUACGAUGUGCCACAUCUGACCAAUAGUUACGCGUCGCCUGUCGACCAUCAAGUGACUCCAUGCGCCUCAAGCAAGGGCCAGAGCGAUGAAUAUGACAGCAAACCAUACACUGAAUCCGAACAUUCAGCCUCCAGUUGUUUUACUAGUUCUGGUUCGAUGUACGAUGCAGCGAACGAAUCAGUGACGCUGCAACUAGCGGAACUCGUAUCAAACUCACCAAUAUCUCAGUCACUUUCCGUAUCGAGUUCCGGGGCAAGACUGGCUUUACCCGCUGCCGGUGUCGCUUUAUCGAUACCAGAAGGUGCAGUUAGUAGGGGACGACGUGAACAAAUUUAUGUAGCCGUAGUCAAAGACGACAGAUAUAGAUCGAGGCUCGGUAAAGGUAUCACGCAACUCAGUCCAGUAGUUAAAUGCGGCCCGCCUCGUCUUCAGCUUAAUAAGUCAGUUAUCCUUCAAAUACCUCACUGCGCUAGUCUUAAACACGGCUUCUGGAAUCUUGCCCUGUACGCCAUAGAUCAUAAUAAUGCGAAAGCCGACACACACCCCCAAUGGAAGAAGGUCGUUAGUCUCGGACAAGAAACUAUAAAUACACCAGUUUUCACUCAAUUGGACAGCGAAAAGAUAUACCUCGUUACGGACAUGCUUUCAACAUUUGUCCUUGUCGGUGAAAGUUUUAAUGGGAAGGCAGUUAAAACACUACAAUUAGCUAUUUACGCACCUGCUAUGAUAACGGAUUCUUGUACGGAAUUUAAUAUACGUCUGUAUAUUUUCGAAGACACUCCAUGUGCUCCUUACUACUGUCAGGAACAAGAAAAGAAAUUGGGCGGAGUUUUACUCGAACGACCGAAAACUCUUUUAUUCCAAGACGGAGGUUCGAAUUUGUGUUUGAAUUUAGAACAUUUGAGUCCCGGCUGGAAAGCUAAACCGGGAAUCGGAUACCAGGAAAUCCCUUUCAACCAUGUAUGGGGAUCGAAUUACAAUGCACUGCACUGUAGUUUUGCAUUAGAAAGGACUUACGACUGCGAUAACAUCGACUUUACAAUCUCCGCUUGUCAAAGAACCAAUCCAUCUUAUAAACAGACGUUCCGAAUAUUAAUAGACGAUCUACGUAGCCGCUCACCCCGCGGUCGUUCGCCCCGUGAAUCUCAAAGGAGUUUUAAUAUUACUGAAAAUCUUCUAGAGGCUAGAAUGUGCCGAAGUGAUGAAGGCAGCGAUGGCAAUCUCAAAAGGAAUGUGACCGUCAAUGAAACGGGUGUAAACGAGUGCGCUGAAAGUCCAUUCAAAUUAAGUGUAAGGGUCAAACGUCAGUUAUGCGCUAUAUUAGACCCUCCGAAUGCGCGUGGCAACGACUGGCGCGCGCUUGCGGCUCGCCUCGGAGUCGAUCGCUACACGACAUGGUUUGCCACUAAGAGCUCACCCACUGAGGCUAUCCUGGAACUAUGGGAGUGCAGAGAACGCGGUCCCGGCGCAACGGCUUCCCUCGCCGCCGCACUGCGUCAGAUGGAACGACACGACGCAGCUGACCUACUACACGGAAGACCUUCUUGGUUAUGAAUACCUGCUAUAUGUAUAUUUGAGGGAAUAUAGAAAUUAAUAUAAUGGAAUUCAAAUCGCAGGCUUGACACCGCUAAGUAUUGGAUGAAGAGCCAUGAAGUCACCUACUUUUUUCCAUUAAUACCUACUAUGUUAUAAAAUCAUAGUCCAUGAGUGAAUGUGGAUCACGUAUUUGUUGGUAAUUUGUGUAGUUUAAAUGUUAUUUAGAGAUGAUAGUGACGAGGUCUUUGGCCUAAUUUGUAAAGUCGUGGUAGAUUAUUUUGUAUAGAGCGUUAUGCUGUAGAUAAGCGAUGGAGGUAUAAAUUAUAUUAUAGUAGCAAUAAUAGUGCCUAAUGUCUUAUAAAGAAAAAAAACCGAUGAUUUAUAGUUGGUUGGUACUCGGUUGGUUAUUUUGUUAUUUUUAUAAGUGUUUGAGUGUUCAUUAUAACGAAAUUUAUAUUGGAAUAGCUUGGUUCUUGUUUAUUUUGCUUUGUAAUUUUAAUGUUUUGAGUUUAUUAUAAUGUGCCAAAAUUUAAACGUCACUGCAUUGCUGAGCAAAUAGUAAACAAUAUUAUCUUACGUAAAUCAUUCCUCUUACUUAAUAUGGCAAAAUUCUGUCGUUUGACAGCUCCUAGCUUCUUUCGAUAUUAAAUUCACAUAUACUAUGCUGAGCUUAAUAUGAUAAAAAAUACACGUAGCGUUAUUUCUAUUGUUGAUAUAAAGACUUAAUUCAAUGCAUUUUUAAGAUUCUUGUUCGCGUAAAUGUUCACUGCCUGUUCCUCGCCAAAACUUUGUCGUCAACAUUAUAAGUUCCUACGUUAAAUUUAAUUUAUAAAACAUUUUAAAAAGAAAUAAUACAGCGAUCGUUUGUGAUCUUUCACGAAAAUAAUCUGUAAAUGAGUAAAGAUUAGUGACUUCAAAGUUUUGCUCGAGUUCUUAUGUAACCAUUUUCCUAUUUACCCGUCUGUAUAUAAGGAAACAGAUUGUAAAUAGUCGUAUAAACGUGUAGACAGUACUAUAUCAUACAACAACGAUAUUUCAAAUGAAAUACAUCACCACUGUAGACUAUAUUUUUGUUAACGUGACUAUUAAAAUAAAUGGAUCUGUGAUAAUUAAAAUAAUAUGAAAUAAAUUAUGUUUAACUGUGCAA